CCUCCUGCGUUGGCUUGUGGCCUCAUGGCGUUCGGGGUGACUAUGGUCCUCGCUCUUGCCUGCCUCGGUGGCCUCACUGCCCCAGGCCCAGUGCCUUCCCAAGCGGUCUUGAAGGAGCUCAUCGAGGAGCUAGUCAACGUCACACAGGAUCAGAAGACGCCCCUCUGCAACGGCAGCAUGGUGUGGAGCUUCAACCUGCCAGCGACUAGCAUGUGGUACUGUGCGGCCCGGGACUCCCUGACCAACGUCUCCAGCUGCAGCGCCCUCCAGAAGACCCAGAAGAUCCUGAGCGGCCUCUGCCAGCACAAGGCCUCGGCCAGGGUCUCCAGCUGGUACAGCCGAGACACCAAGACUGAAGUGGCCGAGUUCGUGAAGAAACUGCUCAGAUAUGUGAGGAGUGUUUACAGAACGCGCGUUUACUGAGGCACAAGACGGGCAGAGACCGCGCUGAUGGUUUACGCUGCAGACCCAUUUCUCUUUCUGACGUCGGAAAUCCCUGGGGAGGCGGGAGGAGGGGAGGGUGUCUUGGCCUAGACUCAGCCUGCGCUGCCCGCCUGGGCCCAGCCGGCCCCUGGCUGAGGUGCCUGGGACGGGCUGGCUCCGAGCUCGGAGAACCCGGGUGGAAGACGCCGUCCCACCCCCGUCCCUCCAGCUGUGGCCCUGGGGCGGCACGCUUGCCAGUCACGGCGGCAGGGCUGCACUUCACGCAGCGCAACUGACGCGGAGCAGCCUGGGCCCGUCCCUUCUUGUCCUUAUUUAUUAUUGUGUGUUAUUUAAAUGAGUGUUUGUCAGGAUCGGGGUGGGGGGACUGUUGCUGCCUGAGGGCCCCGAGCGGUGAGUGUGGGCCGGGUCACACGUACUGUACACACAACUCUGCUACCUCGCUGGGGCCGGCGGCCGCGGGCCCCUCCUCAUCCAGCCCUCGGCCAAGGAGUAAUUUAUUGCUUAUUAUGCCUCAAGUAUUUAAACCUCAGUAUUGAGUAUGUUACAAAGAGCUCGUGACAGAUGGAGAGCGGAGGUGGGUCGGGGAGGGAUCACUGCGCAAGCCGCUUCCUUGACAGCGUCAGCUGGAAACCUGAAAUAAAGACGGUGACGGAGAGCCCCUGAUGGUUGCCUCUUUCUUGGUCUCUGGGGACGUGACCCAUGUCCUCCGGCUCUGAGGAGCUCUGAGGGAGGCAGCCUGGCGGAGGGGAGAGGGCCUGGAGGGCGUCGGGGGAGGCGGGGACCUCAGACAGCCAGCGGGCACUCGGGCGUGGCCGGCAGAGGCGACUUGCCCUGGGUCACACGCCGGCGAACAGAAAGGCACCCAGCUCAGCAGCCCACGCUAAUUAUCGUCUCUCCUCCUGUCCAAAUGUCUCCUGCCGGGGUACCCCACUUCCCUCUAGAAAGAGCCUCAGUCUGAUGGGGCUGCGCUGCCUGCUUCCCAGGGGCAGCCCGGUCAGCGUCCGGACGCAGUCACCGUUCAGUGGGUGCGCUCACCCCCAACGCUGACCUGUGGCCCGGACUGCCCUGGACCGGCAUGAAGCCACUCACUCGAGGGGCCCUGUCCAGACCGCUCCGGGCAGCCUCUUUGCGUCUCCUGGGAGCGGCAGGACCAGCAGGCCACUGCCCAGCAUGUAGGGAGGCUCAGGCCACAGUGCUUUUACAGUGGGUGGUGGGUGAUCAGGGCCCGGUCUCAAACUCCGGGUGGCAGGCGGGUCUCCUCAUGGGAUCCCCAGAGCCGCUCACGGCCCUGCAUCGUCCAAGCGACAGCAGAGCCCUGGCUGGGCGGAUGAUUGUGCCUGAGCACCCAGUCACAUCCCUCUUCCGCUCUGUCACCUCACUGCCGCCGGGGGAUGGUGAGGGAAGUAGAGGUGACAGUGCGGGGAGCAGGGUGCCCUGCCCGAGGAGAAGAGAGCGUGGGCUGUGCUGGGCAGGUCUCGGGGCCGGCUGGACAGGAGGCUGCGUAGGAGAGAAGAAUGAUUUGUGUGUGUGUGUGUGUGUGUGUGUGUGUGCGCGC